AUGCGGUCUCCGCGUUCAACGACAAGCUUGCAAGAAAUUCUGUCUUCAAUAUCCGAAUACCAAUCUGAAGAAGCACAACUCUCCAACUCCCUGUCUGAACUGCUUUCUGCCAGAGAGCCUAUCGUAGCCUCCCUCGCGCGUCUGCAAUCCUUGAUUCCUUCCCUCGACACUCUUACCGAGGAUGCAACUCUUUUGUCUCGGACGGUCUCGGCAACGGCGACAACAGCGGAACGAGUAGGAGGCCGCGUGAGAUCGCUGGAUGAAGAAAUGCGGCGUGUUAGAGAAGCAGCUGACCGCGUUGGCCAGGUCAUGGAACUCAAGACUUCCCUUUCAGCCCUCCAAUCAGCCAUCCAAUCUCAAGACUGGGAGGCUGCGACACGACACUGCGCCCGUGCCAUGUCACUUCCGAUCCAAGUAAUUUCUGGGCCAUUCGCUGAAACCGCUGUGCCGACUUCGGACAGUCACCUUCCUCCCGCACAGACACUACAGGCUGCCCGUGAACAUCUAUUGACCAUCUUCCGUCAACAAUUCGAGCAAGCGUCGCGUUCGCGGGACUCGGCAACCACAAGUCGUUUCUUCAAGCUGUUUCCUGAAAUUGGCUGGGAAGAAGAGGGUCUUCAGGCCUACGCCGCGUUCAUCGUCGAUCUUGUGCGAGUGCGCGCCCCCGCUUCUGCUAAAACGUCGUCCCCGCUAUACUAUAUAACCGCCCUCACUGCAUUGUUUGAGAGCAUUGCCUUGAUUGUAGACCAACAUCAGCCUGUCGUCGAAAAAUACUAUGGGAAAGGCAAGAUGCAAAGGGUCGUGGUAAGACUGCUGGAAGAGUGUGAUCGAGUGGUCAAAGGCAUUAUUGAGGGCUGGGACGAAGAACGAAGUGUUCAGCGCAGAUUGACAGACGUCUCAGAGCAUCCCCCCGUCACGUUAAAUCAGAGCACUCGUAGUAAACCACAAGGAUCUACUCUACCGGAUGAGGACCUCAUUGAUCCCCGGGAAAUCGACCGAUUGUGCUCAGAAACGGCUGGCAUGGCGGGCCGUUGGAAUCUUUUCAAGAAGUUUCUUUCGGAGAGCCUCAAAGACGACAAUGUUGAUGAGGAUGACGACAAAACACCCGAACAGGUAGAAUCGCCCGAGCUUGUUGCUCUCCAGAGUACAGCGUCUCAAACGUUGUUCGAAGACCUCCUUCGUUCACGCUACAUUCCAUUCGAAGUCUGGUACACACGAACUACAAUUGAUAAGGCUCAUCGACUUUCGAGUCCUGAUACCUCCCAGUCACCUGUGACGACCACGACCCCCGACGACGUGUUUUAUAUCCUCAAAACGGUCGUUUCUCGGCUGUUGUCGACGGGGUCCUUGAAUGCUGUCGAGAAAAUGUUUCAGCAGCUGCGCGAUAUUCUUGAGAAAGACUAUGUGGGCGUCAUCAAGAAGAAGCUCGAGGAUGUGUAUCGGACAUCCGGGCCGACUGGGCCGAAUGCCCAAAAGCAAGAACGCGACAAUCGUACUGCAUUUAUUAUCCUGCUCAACGACCUCGAUCUCUCAGUGUCGCAUUUGGAGCGGUUGACUCGAGAUGUGAUGACGAGCCCCACCAUCACGCAGCAUUUCCUUGUAACUCAGCAAACCACGGUCAAGGAGCACAUCACUGUAUUUGCGAAUAUAUCUGCAAAGAUCCGAUCCGCGCUUCGAUCUGGCAUCGAGCAACUGUUCAACCAACUUCUGCGGCCCAAAUUACGGACUUUGACGACCGAGGUGUACAAGGACGUGUCUUAUGUGCUGGACGAAGACGCGUACGCGGCGGCAGAGUAUCAAGAUGUUGUGCGGAAACGGUUCGUCAAAGCUUGGGAAAGCCUUGUUGACGGGUACAAGGAUAAUUUCACUGACUCAAACUACCGACUUUUCUUUGGUCUCGCGCUAGAUGUCGUGUUGCGCCCUUGGGAGAAAUUCAUGAUGGGGCUUCGGUUCACUGAGCUGGGUGCCAUCCGAUUCGACAGAGACCUCCGGGCUAUAACUACCUACCUCUCGUCGCAGACGGCGUUUGGCGAUGCGAGAGAAAAGUUCUUGCGGCUGCAACAAUUCUCAACCAUCAUCAAUCUUGAUGCCGACGAGGAUGUGGACGAGUUUUACAAUGGAUCGGGUAUUACAUGGAAGCUGAGUGCCCAAGAGGCUCGGGCGGUUGCAGCUUUAAAAUUAUGA